GGGCGCGGCCGGCGGCAGCCAGAGCCGGGCGGCGAGCGGCGGGUGCGCAUCGGCCGGGGGGCGAGCGGCGCGUAUUUGCACAGCGCGGCACUGCACACCGCAGUGAGCCGACAUGCCGGUGUCAAGAAUGCGCAUGAGGCCCUGGCUGGAAAUGCAGAUUGAUUCCAAUCAAAUACCAGGACUGAUAUGGAUUAACAGGGAUAAGAGGAUAUUUCAAAUCCCAUGGAAACAYGCAGCUAAGCAUGGCUGGGACAUGGAGAAGGACGCCUGCCUUUUCCGGAGCUGGGCCAUUCAUACAGGAAGGUAUAAAGAAGGUGAGAAAGAUCCUGAUCCAAAAACCUGGAAGGCAAACUUCCGCUGUGCCAUGAAUUCCYUGCCUGACAUUGAAGAAGUGAAGGAUAAAAGCAUCAACAAGGGCUCCAGUGCUGUCAGGGUUUACAGGAUGCUGCCCCCCUUGACCAAGCAUCAGAAGAAAGAAAGGAAGUCAAAGUCUUCAAGAGAAGUAAGAAACAGGAGCAAGAGAAAGUUUUAUGAAGAGGCGAGGCCRGAGGAGUCAGCAGAAAGCUUAACCAACACUCCUCUGCCAGAUGACCACAGUGGCUACACCAUUCACGACUAUGCAGGGCAGGAAGUGGAGGUGGAGAGCCCGGCCAUCACCUUAGACCUGUCCUCCUGCGAGGUGAGCGGCUCCCUGACCGACUGGAGGCCGGCGAUGGAGGUGCCCAUGGCUGACAGCACCAACGAUCUCUACCAGCUCCAGGUGUCUCCCCUGGCUUCAUCCUCCGAAGUCACAGAUGAAGAUGAAGAGGAAAUAAAUCCGGAUAUUUUUAAGCUGCUUGGACCAGCCCAAGACUGGCACAGCACCAGCAUUGGGGGGAAAGGCUUUCUCACCAACGAGUCGGGYACCCAGACCCUGUGCAGCACCUAUGGCUUCAAGGAGCAGGAUGGGGACAUCGACACAACUUCAGGAGAGAUGGAUUUCCGUUUCUUUGACCAGAAAAGCAGCCUGGACUUAUCCUGGCUGGAUACAGUGAGGCCAACCAUGCAGGUCAUUCCCUGUGGGUUGUAAACCCCUGGCUUCUUCCAACCACAAACUGCUCUUGGAUAGAAACUUUGACAGGUGCAGAGAGAAUGGAAGAAAUUUUUUGUUACUGACUUUGAGCAAAGUAGCUUUUUUAUUCCGUUUGAGUUGUAGGCCUGGAGAGUUUUUCAUGAAAAACACCAUUAUCAAUGUAAAAAAGGAACCCCAUCUCUGGCACGGAAGGUGGGAGCUGCAGGCGAGCUCAUCGCUCAUCGCUCCGGAGGUGAAGCUUUUGCUGGAAGCUUUGGGUGUGCCAUGGAGCCUGAGCUGGUGGKGUUCACAGGCCUGGGGAGCAGGUUGCCAUCCUCCCCACGUGUGCUGUGAUGAGAUGAGCACUUUACCCACGGAAUGCUUCCAGGAGACACUGCAGAUGAGUCUCUCACCUGUUAGAUUUGUUGCUGCUUACCUGUGCGACACUGGUAAUAUUGAGCUUAACAACUGUCAUUACACUUAGGCAGAAAGAUUGCACUAAUGGGCCCUUUCUUCUUUGAUUUACUCCAUCAUAUAGUUCAUCUUUCAGACUCUGUAAAUAGACCAUUAAAAUGUGAAAGUUCAGUUUAGGCUUUGCUUCCACCCAGUCCAUUCCCAGGUGCACUUAUAGGAUGAUCUCUGCCGUAGGCCCUUUCCUUUUCCUAAUAUAAGUUCAAGAGCUGCUGCAUGAAACAAUUUUGCACUGAUAGAGGCAGAGCUCUUUAUUUUUACCAUGCCUUUCCCAGAUCCCUUCUGGCACUCUGCAGGGAUCCCUUCAGCACUGCACACAAGCUGUAACAUCCCACAGGUCCUCUGGAUCAGCAUGUGCAGAAGAGUGCUGGAUGGAAGAAGUUCUAUUGUGUGUGUAAUAGAUAGAAAUCAAAUCACUAAGCUGUACAUUUUAUUUUUGUAUAUAAAGUGUUGUAUAUUUGUUUUAA